AUACGCACUCAGACAGACGCUCUCUUCUCUGUGCCCCUGUUUCUGUCUCACUCUCUCUCUCUCUCUCUCUUCCUCUCCACAAUACAACACCCCUCCAUACAGUUUAAUCGUUUUCAUUUUAUUCUUUACUCGGUCGGACUUUUCGACGAGUGUUGCAUGAGAGCUUAAGUCUAUUCAUUUUAAUGUACCUGUCUUCGUAUCGCUGGCAUUUGACGAGGAUCCAGUGACGCUUCGGAGUUGCCGAGAGUGAGCAGCUCGUCUUAGCCGGACACCGCCUUCGUGUUGCCAAGUAGCCAAUCAGCUGCUGGUAUACUCAGCUCCAUGGAUGAAUCGACCAAUCAGCGCCUUGCUCACACAAAAGUCACCUCUUCAACUUCCUAGCGGGAAGCCGCUACCGGGAACUGUCCACAGCAGCAGGAAUCAAUGAUAGAUACAGCAGCUAAUCAAAGCAAGAUGAGACUCUCCCGAGCCGAAUAUAAAGAGAUAGUGAGGUGGAUUGAACAACUGAGACCUACCCGCCAAUGUAUGAAGAUGCUGAAGGAAAGAUUUCCGAAUCACUCGCAGUCCACUCUUCUGAGCAUCUUCUCCCUGGAGUACCAGAAACGAACCAAAAGAACAUUCUCAAGACACCAUGCACCAGAUGCUAUUGAAAGCCACUACCAAAGGUAUCUGAGUGAAGCCAAGGCACAUCCCACUGCUCCCGUCCUGCUGGAGUUGGCCAUUGAGGUGGAUCUGUCUCCUGCACUGAUGGCUCGCAUCAUCCUGGACAGGUUCCUUCAGGGCUUGGAGGGUGGAAUGCCUUCUAAAACAGUCCUAAACAGCAUGCUUAAGGAGCCGUCUUUAAUUCCAGACCAAAUUUUGGCCAAUAACAUCUACCAAUGCACAAUAAAUGACUGCUGUUAUGGACCGCUGGUAGACUGCAUCAAACACGCUAUCGGCCAAGAGCAUGAGGUCCUGCUUCGCGACAAACUGAAGGAGAGGAACCUUUCCUUUCUAGAUGAAAACCAACUGAGAACUAUGGGCUACGACAAAACACCUGAUAUCAUCUUGGAGGUUCCCAUUGCUGUGGAAGGACACAUUGUACACUGGAUUGAGAGCAAAGCCUCAUUUGGAGAUGACCACAGUCAUCGAACCUAUUUGAACGAACAGUUCUGGAGCUACUGGAACAGGUUUGGUCCAGGCCUUGUGAUCUACUGGUAUGGUUUCAUAGGAGAGCUGGACUGCCAGAGAGACAGAGGCAUCCUGCUCAAAGACUGCUUCCCUACAGACAUUGUCACCCUGUGCCAUGCUGCCCAGCAGGACCGACUGCCACAAGAGCCAGAAUAAAGACAAAGAGUGAUGAAAGAUGAGGAGUGGAGCAAAAAAACAAAAAAAAACUUAAGAUGGAAGGAUGAAUGGAAGGAAAGAGAGCGGAAGACGAGGAGGCGGGAAGGGUAGAAACAAGGGUGGAUACCUAGAUCCGGAAGCAAUUUGGCUUUCCUGCAGUGUGAGACUUCUGGCAAAAAAUCUGCCCUGAACUCCACCUGACCCUUUGUCUCUGUCUGUCUCUCCCUCUCUUCCACCCUCUCUGUUUCACUGCCCCAAAGCUACCACAUAUAAAUACACACAAGCAUUCUGUAUAUCUGACAGCACAGGGUCAAAUUCAUACCUGUGUGUGAUAACACCGUCUUGGAGGCUUUCCUGGUUGUGGUCAGCUCCUGGCCCCUGGAUGGCCUCUCGCAACGGACGGCCAGGGUGAGAGCUAGGGCCAAAGCAGGACAUAUGGCCCUUCCUUAUCACACCCAAAGCCCUGGCCUUUGUCACUCCUUCCUCCUCUGCUCCAUCGGCAGAUAAGAGAGGUGCAGUCUGGGGGCUGGGUGGACGCCUGGCUCUCACCUGCGUCACUCAGUGCCCUCUCAGUCACUCUCCAAGCGGGUAAACAGGAUCAUUUCUGAUUAAAGCUGGUCUCAUUGUGACCUUUUUUCACUUUUUCUAUUUCUUAUUUUUUUGACCACAGUGGGUUGAAGCAAGGGUUCAAACCGCAACUAAAUUCCAUCACAGAAUUAUUAUCAACACAUUGUGUCUGCUUCUAUAGUGUGAAUUAUCUUAAUUAACUAUAAUAAAUUCAUUAUAAAUCUUCACAUUUUGGAUCCAGUUUCUCACAAGGCUCCCAUUAACCUGAUGUGCUAAUGCAGUAAGAAUAUCACAACAUAUUUCUGGUUUUCUCCUUAUACUUAUUGUCUUGAUUAAAGUGUUCAAUUUGA